AUGAUCAUAUUUUCAUUACUUAUUUCAAUAGCAAUAGCAUGCAAGUAAUAAAAUAAUAUAUAAAUUAGAUCAAUUAGUGAAUCUGAAUCUAUAAAUUUAGAGAAUGGAAAGAAAUAAGAAUUAUGUUUUAAAGUGAAUAAAAAUUUACCUACAAUAUUAUAAUUAGUUAAAUAUGAAGAUGAAGGUUCCAGAAAGAAAAAGAAAAAAGGUAACAAAGAAAAAGAAGAAGAGAGUGAUGAAAAUAUAUUAAUUUAUGGUAUCUAUUGUUUAUAAUAUAAUGAUUUAGAGGAAGUAGCUUUAGAAAAGUGUAAAUUAAAACAAGGACAAAGAAUAUGUUAUUUUGAAAAAGGUAAUGAUAGAUUAGAAAUUGAUGUAAAAUGCACAAAAGGACCAUGUAAAUUCAAUAUAAUAGUAAUGUAAGAAGAAGUAAAGUAAUUAUAGAUUGGAAAACAAUAAAAAUAGAAAUUGAAAUUAUUGAAAAUUGUUUAGAACUCAAUAUAUAGAAUUGUUUAUUCAAUAAAAUGUAGUAAUUGUCUAAUUAAUUAUGCUGAUUUAUGGUAUUAUGGAGAGUAGCCAACUAUUAUAUAAAGUGAUAGAAGAUUUAUAGUAGUAUUUAAUGAUGGAAUAGAGAGUGAAACAAUAUUGAUUUUAAUUGGAGAAGAGGAAUUUGAAAUUGAAAGAUUUGAAUAUGUGAAAUAACAGAAAUUGAAUGUUAAUUAAUUAAUUAUUGAUGGAAUAGAAAAAUCAAAAAAAAAUGAAUAUGUUAUUGAAGGUUUAAAAGUAGUAAAACUUAAAUCUUAUUUUCAUGACAUCUUAAAAAUUAAAGUAAGAAAUUAAUAAGGAGAAAUUNUUGAGUAUUUCUUCUUUUCAUUGAUAAAUAUAUUUAUCUAUCAAUAAAUUUAAAUUUUCGAUAUUUGUCCUAAUUUAUUUUGA